AUGGAUCAAUUAAUUGAUGCUGUUGUGAAUGAAUAUCGAUUCAUAAAGCUUAUGGGAACUGGAUCGAUGGCAAAGUAACAAUCUAAAUUAUGGAAGUAUCUAUUAAGUUUAGGACAUGAAUACAUAAAUUUAUUAUGCAGCUAAAGUGUAUACUUGUCCUGGUAGUAAUAUAAGAAGUCACAAUGAAGCAAUGAUCUUAGAAAAAUUGAGUCAUCCUAACAUAAUAGCGAUAAAGAAGAAUCAACAAUUAAAAUUAAAAGUAAAAUUCAAGUUAUUAUAUUGAAAGGAAGACGAAUCAGGUGAGAUUGUAACAUUGGAUUGUUUAAUCUUGGAAUAUAUGGAUAAAGGAGAUCUAUUUGAAUUUAUAGCUAAGACUGGUUUUUUUGAAGAGAGUCUAUGUCGUUACUAUUUUAAGUAAUUAACUUAAACAGUUGAUUUUAUUCAUGGAAAGGGAUUUGUUCAUAGGAAUCUAAAAUUAGAGUCAAUAUUAUUAGACAGAAAAUUUAAUCUAAAACUAUGUAAUUUUGCUUGUGCAUAAUAUUCGAAUAAAUAUAAAGAUGGCAAAUUAAAAACAAAGGUCGGAACGAAAAGUAAUAAAAAUAAAAAUAUUAUAUAUUAAGAUUACUAAGCACCAGAAGUUUUGUAUGGUGCAAUUUAUGAUGGAGUUAAAGCUGAUGUAUUUUCAUUAGGAGUGAUAUUGUUUAUAAUGUAUAAGGGUCAACCACCAUUUUUGAAAGCAAAUUAAUAAGAUGCAUUAUACAAUUUGAUAAUUUAAGAAAACUAUAAAUAAUUUUGGGAAGUUCAUUCAUAAAAAAUUGAAUUUUCUUUUGAUUUCAAGUAUUUAUUAAUUUUUAAUAAGGGAACUCUUUUUGGGUAUGAUAAAUCCAAAUCCUGAUAAAAGAUUCAAUUUAGAAGAUGUAAAGAAUUCAAAAUGGUUUGGAGGAUACUCUAAAACAAUUUAAGAUGCUUUUGAAGAGAUGAUGAAUAAAGAGAAAUUUAUUUUAAAUUAAUGA